AAAGAAAAACAGUCACAGUCAGCCGAGCCGCCGCCGCCAUUGUGUUUAGUCGGGUCGGGUGUAUUUCGCGCCCGGCAAUAGUAAAUGCACCUAUGUAAGGAGUGGUUGAAAAAAAUAUUUUUAUACAAGGUUUGGAAAUAUGUCACAAACAGAAGAAGCCAUGGAUGUGGGAGAAGUUGGAGAUAAUUCCAAUGGAUCUUCAAGCGAUACUACAUCAUCGCGAGGUAAAGAAGGUGAUUUUGAAAGUAAGAUCGAAACCGAUCGUUCUAAGAGAUUUGAAUUUUUACUCAAGCAAACUGAGAUAUUCUCGCAUUUCAUGACAAACACACCUAAAUCUGGAAGCAGUCCUCCUAAAGCUAAAGCAGGGAGACCAAAGAAAAACAAAGAAGCUGUCGAAUCCUCUAGCUCGGCUGGGGAUCAUCGUCACCGAAAAACUGAACAAGAAGAAGAUGAAGAACUCCUUGCUGAAACAAACCUCAAGCCAAAGACAAUAUUCCGUUUUGAAGCUUCCCCACAUUAUAUCAAGAAUGGGGAAAUGAGAGACUACCAAGUUAGGGGUCUUAAUUGGAUGAUUUCGCUUUAUGAAAAUGGCAUUAAUGGGAUAUUAGCAGAUGAAAUGGGUCUAGGAAAGACCCUGCAGACUAUUUCUCUGCUUGGUUAUAUGAAACACUUCAAGAAUGUCCCAGGACCACAUAUAGUUAUUGUGCCAAAAUCUACUUUAACAAACUGGAUGAAUGAGUUUAAAAAGUGGUGUCCAUCUCUGAGAGCUGUGUGCCUCAUUGGAGAUCAAGAGACAAGAAAUACAUUCAUAAGAGAGACAUUGAUGCCUGGUAACUGGGAUGUCUGCAUUACCUCAUAUGAAAUGAUCAUCAGAGAGAGAUCUGUCUUCAAGAAAUUCAAUUGGCGCUACAUGGUUAUAGAUGAGGCUCACCGCAUCAAAAAUGAAAAGUCCAAGCUUUCAGAGUUGCUACGCGAGUUCAAAAGCAUGAAUAGAUUACUGUUAACUGGUACUCCAUUGCAAAAUAAUUUGCAUGAACUUUGGGCAUUGCUCAAUUUUCUACUACCAGAUGUGUUUAAUAGCUCAGAUGAUUUUGAUUCAUGGUUUAAUACAAAUGCUGCAUUAGGAGAUAAUCAACUGGUAUCACGUUUGCAUGCUGUUCUAAGACCGUUUUUGCUUCGACGUCUCAAGUCUGAAGUUGAAAAGAAAUUGAAACCCAAAAAAGAACUUAAGGUUUAUGUGGGACUAAGUAAGAUGCAAAGAGAAUGGUAUACAAAAGUAUUAAUGAAGGACAUUGACAUUGUGAAUGGUGCUGGUAAAGUGGAAAAGAUGCGUUUGCAGAAUAUUCUGAUGCAGCUACGUAAAUGUUGCAAUCACCCAUAUCUGUUUGACGGUGCUGAACCCGGCCCUCCCUACACAACUGAUGAGCAUCUGGUCUACAACUGUGGCAAAUUGGUCAUCCUCGACAAGUUGCUGCCUAAACUACGUGAACAAGAUUCCAGAGUAUUAAUUUUUUCACAGAUGACCAGAAUGUUGGACAUAUUGGAAGAUUACUGUUUGUGGAGGCAAUAUAAAUAUUGCCGUUUGGAUGGCCAAACACCUCAUGAAGACAGAAACAGACAAAUAGAAGAAUACAAUGCAGAGGGAAGUGAGAAAUUCAUUUUUAUGUUAUCAACCAGGGCUGGAGGUCUUGGUAUAAAUCUGACAUCAGCUGAUGUUGUCAUUAUUUAUGAUUCUGAUUGGAACCCCCAAAUGGAUUUACAAGCCAUGGACAGAGCUCAUCGUAUUGGACAAAAGAAACAAGUACGAGUGUUUAGACUCAUCACUGAUAAUACAGUUGAAGAAAAGAUAGUUGAGCGUGCAGAGGUGAAAUUGAGAUUGGAUAAAUUGGUAAUUCAGUCUGGACGAUUGGUUGACACUAAAAACCAACUCAAUAAAGAUGAGAUGCUCAACAUGAUCCGGCAUGGAGCUAAUCACGUGUUCUCGUCGAAGGAUUCAGCCAUUACAGACGAAGACAUUGAUACUAUAUUGGCUAAAGGAGAAACCAAGACGGAAGAACUAAAGCAGAAGUUGGAAAGUCUUGGAGAAUCUUCUCUGCGCGCGUUUUCAAUGGACACCCCAGGGGCGACCACCGAUUCUGUUUACCAAUUUGAAGGAGAGGAUUACAGAGAAAAGCAAAAAGUUAUACCAAUUGGUAGUUGGAUAGAACCUCCGAAGCGAGAACGUAAAGCUAAUUAUGCUGUGGAUGCAUACUUCAGGGAGGCACUCCGUGUGUCCGAACCGAAGGCUCCGAAGGUACAGGCUCCACGACCGCCGAAACAGCCAAUAGUGCAAGAUUUCCAGUUCUUUCCACCUCGACUCUUUGAAUUGUUGGAUCAAGAAAUAUAUCACUACCGAAAGACUCUUGGGUAUAAAGUGCCGCGAAAUCCCGAACUAGGUCCAGACGCGGCCAAGAUACAGAGAGAAGAGCAACGCAAGAUUGAUGACGCAGAGGCACUCACUGAAGAAGAAGUUCAAGAAAAGGAACAACUCUUAACACAAGGAUUUACCAACUGGACAAAGCGUGACUUCAAUCAGUUUAUAAAAGCAAAUGAGAAAUAUGGCAGAGAUGAUAUAGAGAACAUUGCAAAAGAUGUUGAAGGGAAGACCCCAGAGGAGGUUAUGGAGUAUUCGGCAGUAUUUUGGGAAAGAUGUCAUGAACUGCAGGAUGUCGACAGGAUUAUGGGACAGAUUGAAAGGGGAGAAGCGAAAAUACAAAGAAGGGCAUCAAUUAAAAAGGCGUUGGAUGCUAAAAUGGCUCGUUACAGAGCUCCAUUCCAUCAACUUAGAAUUUCGUAUGGGACAAACAAAGGAAAGAACUAUGUUGAAGAAGAGGACAGGUUCCUAGUAUGUAUGUUACACAAGCUUGGUUUUGACAAGGAAAAUGUAUAUGAAGAACUUCGGGCGGCAGUUCACGCGGCGCCGCAGUUCCGCUUCGACUGGUUCCUCAAGUCCAGGACCGCUGUAGAACUGCAGCGCAGAUGCAAUACGCUAAUUACCUUGAUUGAGAGAGAAAAUCAAGAAUUGGAAGAGAAGGAACGGGCAGAAAAGAAGAAAAAGAGCGGGGCCGCAAAUCAAAAUACGCCUGGAGGUAAUGCAGCUGGCAAAGGUCCGAACGCUGGUAAACGCAAAGCAGACAACACGCCAGAUACAGCACAAAAACACAAGAAAAAGAAGAAGUAAAAUUCAAUAUCGUGUAAUUGGAUAAGAUCUGACCAUAAAUUUACAGAAGAGGAAACGAGACAUAAUAAUGCCUAAUUUAUUUUACCACUAUUUAGAAUUUUAAAGUUCUAUAUAUUUAAUUUAUUUUCCUCAUUCGACCUAUGGUCAUUCAUAAAAUUUUUAAACAUAGGAAGAAUAGCUUUUUAAGUUGCCAAAUUAAUCCCUUUCAAGAAAUAUGUUUGUGACAUAGUGAGCAUCCGAUGACGUGGCGCUAUAUAUUUUUUAACCUACAAAACAUUCCUGCUAUUUUUUUCCAUUUUGAUCAUGAGUAGAUUUUGCAAGUCAUUUUGUAUUGUAAUAAAGUGACAUUUUAAUGCAAA